GUACGUGCGUGCGUGCGCGCGCGCGGGAGAGGCGGGGGCAGGGCGUGCGCGCGCCCGAUCUGCCUCUUAAGGCAGCGCGGAGGCGAGCGCGGGGGACACAGACAUGGCGGUCGCUCUGUUGCUGGUCCUGCUGGUGCCCGCGGGCCUGGCGGCCGAAAGCUGGAUCCAGACGGACGUGGAGGAGCUGGACUCCAAGAUGGUGCUGAGCUGCAGCCUGAACCACAGCUCUGUGGCCGUCCAGGGCCACCGCUGGACGAAAGGGGACAAGGUGCUGGUGGAGGACAAGCUCCCGGCGCUGCACACCCAGUAUGAGGUGGAGAAGGGCAAGGGCGAGCCUCACGGCGAGUACUCCUGCUUCUUCCUGCCUGAGGACAUCGGCCGCGCCAACUUCAAGCUGCCAGGGCUCCCCGAGAUCAAGCUGGUGAAGAAAUCUGAGAGCGUGGCUGAGGGCGAGAAGGCCCUGCUGGUCUGCAAGGCCGUCUCCUUCCUCCCGGUGCUCACCUGGCGGUGGGCCCUGGUCAACGCUUCAGGGAACCAGCCCAUCACCAACCAGUCCCAGCCCGACAAGUAUGUGGUGAUAUCGGACGACUCUCACACGGAGCUGCACAUCCUGCGGGCGGAGGUGGAGCGGGACGCAGGCCAGUACAUCUGCACGGCCGAGAACGCACAGGGCCAGGUCAGCGAGCAGGUGACGCUGCGCGUGCGCCACCGCCUUGCCGCGCUCUGGCCCUUCCUGGGCAUCGUGGCCGAGGUGCUGGUGCUCGUCACCGUCAUCUUCGUCUACGAGAAGAGGCGGAAGCCCGACGAGGUCCCGGACGAUGAGGACCUGGGUUCGGCACCGCUGAAGAGCAGCGCGCAGAUGAACGACAAAGACCAGCAAGUGCGCCAGAGGAACACCUGAGCCGGGGUCCACCUGGCAGGCCACCUGAGGAGCCUGCCCGUGCCCGUGCCGUGCCCCCACUUCACCCUGAACGGUCCCCAGAAGCAGAUCUGCUGGGGAGCCCCCUACACUGGAUCCUGCUCGUGCCUGCGUCCCCAGGGGCCCUCACUCCUGCUGGCGCCUCCCUGCCCUCCCUACCCGUCUAGAGACCGGCUGUCACUACAGCCUGGACAGCUGACCUCGGGGGUCCAGGUGACUGCAGAGACCCCUCCUCAGGCAGACCGGUGCCCCCUGUCUCCACACUCUGCCCCCCAAUAAAGUGACACCACAUCCUC